AUGUCAUCCAAAAAGGAGGUACAAACGGCCUUUAUGGGCUCUUUUGAGUUGAUUUAUUUCCUACUUUUAGUGUUUCAGACUUACUGCACAAAUGUGUCGUCGCUCCCGGCCGCUCAUUCGACGGUUGAGGUUCGCUUCGAAAGAGGGCUCCCGUUGUUGACUGUGAAUUUACCAUCACGGCAAGAAUCAUGUCAGUUCUCUCUGAGACCACUGACAGAUGACGUCGGAAGUUUCUGCGAUCAACUCCAUAGAGAAGAUCGUGGAUUGGAUUUUGUAGCAGUGUAUACAAACGAUGGAGUACGCGUGUCCAUGUCAACAUCUAUCGAGCAUCUGCUGCAGUUCGGUGGAUUUCGGCUGCGACUAAACGAUCGCUACUACGAUGUGACAGUACCAGAGCGGACGUUAGAAGACGAUUUAGGUAGUGAUAGGUGA